AUGACCCUCUCGUGGAAGUCGUUCGACUUCUUCGACGUCUCCCCCGUCACCGUCGCUGAUGCCGAUGCGAGGGAGCUCCUCGAGACCAACGACAUCUCCAGCGUCUGCGCAGGCUCCGACAGCCUCUUCGUCGGCUCCAACGAUGGCUCCGUGAGCAUCAUGGCCAAGACGUGGAAGGUCGUCAGCAAGUUCCAGGCCCACGAAUCCGGCCGCGUCACCCACAUGCGUCAGGUCGAAGGCACCAGCGUCCUCGUCACCGUCUCGGAGGACCUGAGCAGCGAACCCGUCCUCAAGGCGUGGGCCCUGGACAAGCUCGUCAAGAAGACCAAGACGCCGACGUGCCUCAGCACGCUCACCAUCAACAACGGCCGACGGCAAUUUCCCAUCUCUGCCUUUGCCGCCACCGAUGACCUCUCGCAGAUUGCCGUGGGCUUCGGCAACGGCGCCGUCACCGUCAUUCGCGGCGACCUGAUCCACGACCUCGGCACCAAGCAGCGCAUCGUCUUCGAGUCGGAGGAGCCCAUCACGGGCGUACAGCUUGCCGUGGACGAGAAGCUGACGACGCUCUUCGUCUCGACGACGUCGAGGAUCAUGAGGCUCGGCUUGUCGAGAAAGGGCCAAGGGCUGCCGCCCAAGACGGUCGAGGACUUUGGCUGCGCCGUCGGAUGUAUGACGGCCGACCCCGGCACCGGAGACGUCGUCGUCGCCCGGGAGGAUGCCAUCUACACCUAUUCGCUCGACGGACGCGGCCCCCCCCGAGCCUACGAGACGCCCAAGAACAUGGUGUUUGUCUUCCGGGACUACGUCGCCCUCGCAUGCCCGUCGUCGUCGUCGGGCGCCAACGGGAGGGAUCCUGAUUCGAUGAGACGACGCUUCGUCUCCGGCGCCGGCGACUCGCUCUUCGACGCACCCUCCUUUGUUCUCCUCGAGACCGACUUGAGGGUCAUCGCCCACACCGAGACGCUGACGUCGGCCGUCCGCUUCCUCUUCGCCGUCUGGGGGGACCUGUACACCAUCAGCCAGGAGGGCAAGCAGAGGCUGGAGAUGCUCUACCACCGAAACAUGUUUCCGCUCGCCAUCGAGCUCGCGCGGAACGCGGGCUUCGACCGCCAGCAGCAGACGCUCAUCUACCGCAAGUUCGGCGACCACCUGUAUCAAAAGGCCGACUACGACGGCGCCAUGGUGCAGUACAUCCGGGCCAUGGACACGACGGAGCCGUCGCAGGUGAUUCGCAAGUUUCUCGACACGCAACGAAUCCACAACCUCAUACAGUACCUCGAGCAGCUGCACGAGCACAGGAAGGCGACGGCCGAUCACACGACGCUGCUGCUCAACUGCUACGCGAAGCUCAAGGACAUUGAAAAGUUGGAAAAGUUCAUCAAGUCGCCCGGCGAUCUCAAGUUCGACCUGGACACGGCCAUUGCCAUGUGCCGCCAAGGCGGGUACUAUGAGCAGGCGGCCUACCUCGCCAAGAGGCACGGCGAGACGGAGCUCGUCGUGGACAUAUUGAUGGAAGAUGCCAAGAGCUACGACGAGGCGCUCGACUACAUAUGGCGGCAGGACCCGGACGUGGCCUACCCUUGCCUCAAAAAGUACGCGCGGGUGCUCAUCGAAAACUGCGCCGAGGACGCGACGAGGAUGUUUGUCGACUACUACACGGGCCGGUACAGGCCGAGGCGCACCGCGGCCCCGAGGCGGGAGGGCGAGGCGUCGGGCUCGACGGGUGGCUUCGCCGCGGGCGCUGCCAGCGCCGUGCAGAACCUGUCGAGCCUCCUCCCCCUGCCGUACAUGAACAGCUCGACGGCGGCGUCGAGCGCGGCGAGCGCGGCCGUCGUCGAGGGCCACGGCCACGGCGAGGGCUCGUCGGCGACGAAGCAGCAGGAGGAGGAGGAGCGCUCGCCGCCGCCGACGUACGACGCGCCGGCUCCGAGGACGGCCUUUUCCUAUUUCAUCGGCUACCCCGACGAGUUCAUCCUGUUUCUCGAGGCCUGCCUCGAGGAAAAGGAGCUGAAGACGUCGGACAGGACCGACCUCUACACCACCCUCUUCGAAAUGUACCUGCACAAGUCGGCGGAGAAGAGGGGGCAGCGACACAAGGAGGAGUGGGAAGCAAAGGCGAAAAGGCUGAUCGAGGGCGAGCACGUGCCGAUGGAGAGCUCCAACGUGCUGCUGCUGUCGCACCUCUCGGGCUUCGGCGACGGCACCGUGCUGGUCAAGGAGCAGUCGGGCCUCCUGUUCGACAUCUUCCGCUCCUUCACGACGGCCAAGGACACGAGGGGCGCGCUCAAGGCGCUGCGAAAGUACGGGCCGGACGAGCCGCAGCUGUACCCGGCGGCGCUGGCCUACCUGACGUCGGACGCCAAGGUGCUCGAGGAGGCGGGGCCGGACGAGCUGGCCGGGAUCCUGUCCAAGAUUGACGAGGACGGGCUCAUGGCGCCGCUGCAGGUGAUCCAGACGCUCGUCGGCCGGUCGUCGGGCGGCGCGGCGACGAUGGGCAUGAUCAAGCCGUACCUGCAGGAGACGAUCACGCGCGAGCGCAACGAGAUUCGCUCGAACCGGAGCACCAUCGCGACGCUGCGGACCGACACGGAGAGGCGACGAGGCGAGCUCGCCGACCUCGACGGCAAGCCAGCCGUCUUUCAGGCGACGCGCUGCGCCGACUGCGGCCAGGGGCUGGACCUCCCGGCCGUGCACUUUCUCUGCAAGCACAGCUUCCACCAGCGAUGCCUGCGCGGCGGCGAGGGCACCAUGGAGUGUCCGCAAUGCGCGCGCGAGAAUGACGUGAUUCGCAAGAUGAGGGAGGGCCAGAAGGAGCGAGCCGAGAGGCACGAGCUGUUCCGGGCCGACCUGGAGAGCAGCGAGGACAGAUUCGCGACCAUGGCCAAGUGGUUCUCCCGGGGGGUCAUGGAUGCCGGGGGAAGCUCCGCCGCGUGA